AUGAUCCCACGCACCUGGACUAUCCUCCUCGGCGGCGCCAGCACGGCCAUGGCGGCCAGCGGCGUGACGACGCGCUACUGGGACUGCUGCAAGCCGUCGUGCGCGUGGAGCGAGAAGGCGUCGGUGACCAGCCCCGUCGGCACCUGCGACAUCAACGACAACCCCAUCACCGACGUCGACGCCAAGUCGUCGUGCGACGGCGGCGAGGCCUACUACUGCUCCAACCAGAGCCCGUGGGCCAUUAACGACUCGCUGUCGUACGGCUUCGCCGCGGCCAAGCUGUCGGGCAAGAGCGAGUCGGACUGGUGCUGUGGUUGUUAUAAACUCACCUUCACCUCCACCGCCGUCUCCGGCAAAUCCAUGAUCGUGCAAAUCACCAACACGGGCGGCGACCUGGGCGACAACCACUUCGACCUGGCCAUGCCGGGCGGCGGCGUCGGCAUCUUCGACGGCUGCACCAAGGAGUGGGGCGGCAUCGACAUGGGCAACCAGUACGGCGGCUUCUCCAGCCGCUCGCAGUGCGACAACCUGCCCGCCAAAUUCAAGGACGGCUGCUACUGGCGCUUCGACUGGUUCGAGAACGCCGACAACCCGACUGUUGAUUGGGAGGAGGUCGCGUGCCCUAGCGAGUUGACGGCUAAGACGGGGUGUUCGAGGACUUGA